UGAUGCAGGUGCUUUGGAGAGGGGAUUAUCCAUUUGGUUUUGAUGUUUCUGGAUUUCUCCUUUAGGAUAAAUGCGCCAUGAUUUUACUCUAAUUCACUGAGACUUUAUUUAUAAGAAAAGUAUAAGGAGAUGGAGGAGACCCGCCGCAGUGAGAGUGAGUGGCAGGGGAUGCUCAACGAGUUUAUAAUCUGCAAGAGAAAGCUGGAAAGCAAAAAAGAAGCUCUUCUGAUCCUGUCCAAAGAGCUGGACACGUGUCAGCAGGAGAGGGACCAGUACAAACUGAUGGCCAACCAGCUCAGAGAGCGCCACCAAGGACUCAAGAAGAAAUACAGGGAGCUCAUUGAUGGAGAUACCUCUCUUCCUCCAGAAAAGCGCAACCAAGUCAAUUUAGCACAGUUACUGAGGGACUCGAGAGAAAAAAGUCAACAACUUUCUGAUGAACUGAAGGAAGUGAAACAAAGACUUACAGAAGCUCAAGGCGACAAUAAGCUGCUGCGGAUGACCAUCACCAAACAAAGGCUGGGGGACGAUGAGGUUGGAAUGAGACAUUUUCCCGCUCAUGAACGAGAGGAUCUAGUAAGACAGUUGGAGAAAUCAAGAGAACAGAAUGAACUCUUGGACCACAGUGUAAAGUCUCUGACAGAUGAGCUUCAGGACAUACGAGCAGAGCGGGAUGUGUUUCAACAAAAGGCUCAUCGUCUCAAUGUGGAAAUGAAUCACCUCCUUGGCAAUGAUGAGAUCCGCAUGCUGGACGUAGACGCACUCUGCAUGGAAAACAGAUAUUUACACGAGAGACUAAAUCAGCUACAAGAAGAAGUUACCAUUUUAAAAUCAAAUCUGUCCAAGUAUAAGACCGCUUUGGAGUGCCGGAAAAACUCUAAAAUAAGUGGUAAACCCAACAGUAGUGCGCUGACAGGUGUGCUCUCUGCCAAACAAGUGAAGGAGUUGCUGUUGUCUGAAGAAAAUGGCUGUAGCUUGCCGGUUACUCCCCAGUCCAUCUCAGAUCUCAAAUCUCUGGCCACAGCGCUGUUAGAGACCAUCCAUGAAAAGAACAUGGUGAUACAGCACCAGCGCCAAAUCAACAAAAUUCUUGGAAAUCGCGUGGCAGAAUUGGAGAAGAAAUUUAAAUCACUGGAGAUGUCGGGACUAUGGAGUCUGCCUGGCUUAACUUAUGAUGUGUCUCUGGGAUAUAAUGGAAGAGGAAAAGACACCAUUAUUAUGACUGAACAAGCCCCUGAGUCCCCAAACUGCAACGUUAGUGAAGGUGAAAAGGAAUCUGAACAAAACCAAGAAAAAACAAACUUCCCAGCAUCGCAAACAGCUUCAACGGAGGGACCAGAGCUGAGCCAAACCUGCCCUUCCCAGAAAGAUCAGGAACAAACCAGCAGCCCAGUGCCCCAGACUGUGAACCUAAAUCAUACAAAUGCAGAUGAAAAUGGACUUUAUGAGGAUACUGCUGCUAUUACUACUACACAGGACAAUUUAAAUGAGAUAGAUAACCAGGACUGUGAGAUGGACAAAGACACUGAGCAGGCUGAAAGUGUGUACUGUGCCCAAACCUCAGAUCUUUCUUCUUUCAACACUGCUUCCAACACGGAAGGGGAUGUCCGGUUAACCCAAGAGACAGAAGCAAAUACAAAAGGAACUGAUUCUUCAAAUGAGGAAGAGAACACUUAAAAACAACCCAGAUUAAAGGGCCCAUAUUAAGCGAUUUUCUGAUAUGUUAUAAUGUUGUUUGCUUUGUUUCAUUCACACACGUUUAACUCACAAACCCUGCAAUAUUUAGGCUGAGUUCUUCUCUCAAACAGAAAGCGCCUAGUAAUGUCAUGUAAUAUUUCAAUUUUUUGCAUGAUUUCAGUCCUGGAAUUGCCAAUAUCUACUGAACAAAAGGUAAAAGGUGGCUGUUCACUUGAAGAAAUACCACUACAUGACAUCUUAAGCCGAAACAGAGCAUUUUGAGCUUUAUAAAUGUAGACAGACUAAUAAUGCAGGAUUACUCAAAUGUGUGAAUGAAACAAAACACAGCUCCAUGUAUGUUUAUGAUGAAGUAACAACAUUAUAAUGAAACUAAAAGCUCACAAGAAUCCAUUUUGCGUAAUAUAGGACUUUUAAGACGUAUAUUUAUUUAUCAUUAGUGACCAAGACGAUUGUUCCCGUAAACACAAGUAAAAUUGUUCAACCAGUAAAAAGAGUCAGGUCAUACACUGGGCCAGGUGCAAUGGAACUCAACAGUGAUGCCUGCUUCAGUUCCAGAAGUAAGUUUUCCAUUCAUUUGUCUCAUAGACUUUUCAGGCAUUGUGGAGGUUCAUUCAUUCAUUUUAUUUGUUUGAGCAAGGUAAAAAAGAAUCAACAACAAUAACAAAAAAACAAGGAUAUGUACAUGUACAUAUUUGGGACCUGAUGCUCAAAAGGUUAACCAGCUACAAGCGCUUUGUGUUGCAUUUUUUUGUAUGAAAAGCGCUCUAUAAAUAAAGUUUGAUUGAUUGGCUAACUAAUAUCCCUAAUGCAGUCAAUUUAAUCCCAAAAAGCAUAUUUAAAAAGCAAGAUUCUGUGAAAUGUUUUAAAAACUUGGUGAUUUAUAAAGUUUCAGAAACAUAAAAUUAUAGGUUUUAUAGGUCUUGUUACCAGAUAGCCAUGAUCAAGCUUACAAACUUUUUAUAUACCUUAUAUAUUUUUCAGAAAGUCCAUGGGAAAAAUGAAUGAGAAAUGUAUUUCUGGACCUGGGGUGGUGAGCAGUCAUUGCUGAGCUCCACAGUUUACUGAAUGGAUAAACUUUGGCAUCUAGACACAGUGAUGUGAUGCGAAAGAUGCGCAAGUGGCUCAAGAGGAGAGUUUAGAAUACAAAGAGAUUCUGCUGGAAUAAAAUGUACAGUUUUGCAAGGAAGAGCAUUAGACACAUUGUGGUAGCUCAUUUAGCUUUUACCAUCAGUGUUGAUCAAUACCUUUUGUUACAAUGACUUAAACUAUUUCAAAUUUUGCACCUUUGGCACGUGAAUGUUUAAAGCACAUCUUUUUAUGUUUAUUUAAUGUAUUGCUUUAAGGCCAUUUCAGAUUGUUUUAUUUCAUUGUUUCAUCAUUUAGAGGUGUAGUAAGACCAAAAACAAAUUAGACAACAACAAAAUUUUACUUAAAGAUUUAUGUUUACUUAAACCAUAAUUCAAUAAUUCCACAUUACAAAGAUCACAGUGACAUUUCUUAAGGUUUUUCUUACCACACUUGUAUUUACCUGUAGCACAAUGGCACAAAGUUGAAUAAAUGUCAUGUCAAAGCAACUACACUCAUAAAAGGUCUUGUCUUCAUUUUAAAAUGCUUUUC